AGACCCUCGAAACCAUCAUGAAGUUCUUCGUGUGCAUCCUGUUGUUGGGCGCCGCAUGGGCCGCACCGUCCGAGACUCGUGACAAGCGCGGCAUCUUCGGCGAGCCCGGCGGGCUGCUGACACCACACCUGCACCACGACCUGCACCACGAUCUGCACCACGACUUCCACCACGACUUGCACCAUGAUUACCACCACGACUUACACCAUGACUUCCACCACGACUUGCACCAUGGCCACCUGCACUACGACCUGUCCCACCUGCACGUGCCGACGCUGCACUCGUACCCGCACGUGUCCCACGCGCACCUGCACGCGCCCAUCAUCACCGACCACUACGACCACGCGCACCUGCACGCACCCAUCAUCCACGAGGUGGCUCCCCUGCACACACACAUACACCCCCCGACCACCAUCAUCAAGCGUAUCAAACACAUCAAGCUCGGUGGAUGGUAGUUAGUUAAGUUUUUGUACCAAAUUAUUAAAUCUGUUGUUUACCA